AUGCCCAUACUCUCCAUACGCACCGUCGGGGAGGCAUCUCUUGUGCUCUUCAGUGAUCAGGCCGACCGCUUUCGUAUUUAUGCUGUCGCUGAUGCAAGUCACUGGGAAUCCUCCUUCGGUUUGGCAGUGUCUUGAAGUACUAUAUUUCCAGAUGUCGCUGAGGUCGUUAGGCAGUCGCCAACAAAAGAAAGUCCGCAGUCAGCAGAUUACUUAUCCGAGCUUGUAACUGCAUUUGACGAUCAAUCAGAGUCCUUUACGUUUUCGCCUGCGGGUCCUGAGGCGCGUGUUAUGUGGGAACAGUACCUUGCUGAUGGCAUAAAGGUAGGCAAUCACUGUUUCUAACCGCAGAACGUUUGGCAGGUUCUAAAGGGCGAGUUCCGCCUCAGGAAGGCCGACUCUCUGGAAUCUGGUGUACGUCAGGUGCUGAGUUUGUGUAAAGACUGUCUGUUUUCCCAACGUCAGGAGAUAUCCUGUCUCCGGAAGGAAAAUUCGGAACUUCGAUUGGCUGCUGAAUCUGCCGUACAGGUAUGCCCAAUGCGUAAAAAACCAUCUUUCCCAACAGAAAUACUCUGACGCUGUUGUAGAGGCUAGUCGCAAGGAGGAGCACAUGUACGCUGUGUUUGCUGCUCUGCUAAAUGCCAAAAAAGCCAAAAUUCGUGCCCUGGAAGAAGGCAGUUGUCCGGCCGCCACAAAGAGGAAAAAAGAAGCGCACUCCCCCUCCGCAAUGCAGGUGGACGUACCCUCCGAAACUCGCGAAGCCCCGGAUGAGGAAGACGAGGACUUCGCUUCCGUCCCACAGCUCUCGACUAAGGGGCUUGCUGAGAAGCUUUCAAAGCACAGUCCUCGGAAGCCCGUGUCUGAAAGGUACGGUUUGUCCCCUCACACCUCUAAGGACUGCAUUGGCCAACGAAAACCAGUUCUCGUUUGUGGUUAUCGCGGCUACAGUCUGUCGCAUACUUCUUAUUUAACAUACGGCCCCAUUUAAUCCUUCAGAGGGUGGUGACUUCCGGAUCACGUCCUGGAGAUACCCGAGUCUUGAUAGAGUUUGUAAGAUGCAGUCGGCCGGGCUGACUACUGUCGGUGCGUACGUAGUACACCAACCCUGGUCGGUAAUCCGAAGUGGCGGCGUGCCUGCCACCGACCUGGGAGUACUGGUCUACGAAUGGGUAUCCCGGACAUCUAUAGGACAAGCCAGGCUAUAACUACUCCUUCCUAAUGUGGCUUCUGCGGCACACGUGAGAUUCGAACCGCUCCUACGGAAGCCUAGCACAUUUGGUGCGGACCGCGUCGUGUGUGGCACGCGUAGACGGCCUGUGUAGUUUUGUCAGCCACUGCGUCCGCGUCUACCCUCAGUCGUCUCGUCACUUUCCUGCCAUCGGAGCCUGGUGAGGGAGAAGGUAGCGCGAUAGGAGUUGCGGAAGUCUGCCCCUGUACAAAUUAAUUUGCGUGCAAGUCACCAUCCCAGGCGCCCACCCUGAUAUAGGGCACACGAUGGAUGUCGUCACCCGCUACGGUCGGACUGUCAAGCGGGCGUCUGGUCCGGUUGGCAUCGCCCACCAACUAGCCUGUCACUUCACGCGUAAUAUCUACGGUUGAUGUAGCCACGAACGGCAAGCAAAAUGGCUUGGGACCUCUACGUGACCACAAGCCGAGCCUCUGGUAGCCAUCUUAGAGCUAUUUAAGGUCGUAUAAACGGGUCUCUUAUGCACAAGCUCAGAUAAAUCGACUCUUUGAAGGGCUUUUCCCACACCCCCAGGGGCUGUGUACGUUGUAUACACUGUUCUUACUUAAUUUUAGGACCAGGAAACCCUUGCCGCCGGCCGUCAUCGGCGAAGAAAUCAGCCUGGACGACUUGGCCUGA